CUGAGCAACAGAAGCAACAGGAAAUGGAGCUGGGGAGAGGAAAACCUGCAUAACAACAAAAGAAUUUCAAGAGUUAAGAAAUGAGUCAAACAUCUCUGAAACAGAAAAAGAAGAAUGAAACUGGAUCGAGAUAUUCAAAAGACAGUCUGGAAGCAGAGAAAAGAAGGGAUUCUGAGAAGUCGGGAGUUCGUCUGAGCACGCAGAUGAGGCGUGCAGUCAAUCCGAAUCACUCGCUGAGAUGUUGCGCCAUGCGGUGUCACCCAUCGUGUAGACACUGCCUUAGUGCAGCUGAGGGAACAGUACUCCUUGGCCCCUGCCGCACAAUACGUAUUUAUAUUCACAUGUGCCUGUUGUGGGAGCAGGGCCGGCAGAUCACCAUGAUCAGGGGAUCACAAGAAAUAUCAGCGCCGAAGACAGACUCUCGAGGGUACCUCGUACGAAAUCAGUGGUCCCGAACUUCACGGAGCCCAUCCACCAAAGCCCCAACAGUAGAUGAGACCAGAAGCAAGACAGCCAGUCUUAAGCUCCCCAAUAGCUCCGCGACCUCCGGGACUUCCUCCACCUCCCUUAGCCAGCAAGAGUUGCCUCAGCAGCUGAUGGCGCAGCCCUCACCGCCCACGCCGCCCACGCCGCCCAAGCCUCCCAACCCGAGUCCUGCCACGCCCCCGGAGAUCCAGCCCAAGACCGGGGCCCGGCGCACCAGCAAGAUGUAUGAGAAUCCCGAAGCCUGGGCUCACGGCAUCGUGCGGGACAUCCGCGACUCCCGGGACACGCCGCAGUCCCGGGAAUAUCCGCGCACGCCUCCCACCGAAUGGAAGUCCUAUGCUCAGCGCAGGGCGCUCUACUCCUCCCAGCUGGACCACGACUGUGUGACAGAUCUGCCCCGGCGGCGGGAGGAAGAGGAGGACGAGGACGAAGCCUACUGGGCAUCCGUGAGGACGCUGUACGAGAAGACCGCGAGCUGCUCGCGCCCCAAGCCGCCCAAACCCAAACAUGCCAUCACCAUCGCUGUGUCAUCCCGGGCGCUAUUCAACAUGGUGGACGACAGGAAAAUCUACGAAGAAGAGGGUCUGGAAAAGUAUAUGGAGUAUCAGCUCACCAACGAGAACGUCAUCCUGACCCCAGGGCCCGCGUUCCGCUUUGUCAAGGCACUGCAGCAUGUCAACACUAGACUCCGAGAGCUGUAUCCUGAUGAACAGGACUUAUUUGAUAUUGUGCUGAUGACUAAUAACCAUGCCCAAGUGGGAGUGCGUCUUAUAAAUAGCGUCAAUCACUAUGGCUUACUAAUUGACCGCUUCUGUCUGACUGGUGGAAAAAGCCCCAUUGGCUAUUUGAAGGCAUAUCUUACCAACUUAUAUCUUUCUGCGGAUUCUGAAAAAGUACAAGAAGCAAUACAAGAAGGAAUUGCCUCUGCAACGAUGUUUGAUGGAGCCAAAGACAUAGCUUACUGUGACACACAGCUCCGCGUGGCCUUUGAUGGGGAUGCUGUCCUCUUCUCUGACGAGUCCGAACACAUUGCCAAGGAGCACGGGCUGGACAAAUUCUUUCAACAUGAAACACUAUUUGAGAAUAAGCCUCUUGCUCAGGGUCCCUUGAAAGGCUUUCUGGAAGAUUUAGGCAGACUGCAAAAGAAGUUUUAUGCCAAAGAUGAACGGUUACUUUGCCCUAUCAGGACCUACCUGGUUACAGCCAGGAGUGCAGCCAGUUCAGGCGCCCGCGUGCUGAAAACUCUUCGCAGAUGGGGUCUAGAAAUAGAUGAAGCUCUUUUCCUUGCUGGAGCCCCCAAAGGUCCCAUCCUGGUGAAGAUACGGCCCCACAUCUUCUUUGAUGACCAAAUGUUCCACAUCCAAGGGGCACAAAAAUUCGGCACCAUCACAGCUCAUGUACCAUAUGGCAUUAAUCAAAAAAUGAACAAUUAGGGAUGGGGAGGAGAAAUAAAGUAGUGAGUCUGGUAUUACAGAAGCCACUUCUUGUGGAUCUCUAGGGUAAUUAGAUAGCUAUUUCAGAAGAUUGGACCUCAGAACUUAGUUCAUUUGGAAAGGUUUUCUUGAUUUUUGUUAAACAUUUUGAACCUUCAAGUUACCUUCAAGCUACUUCUCUUUGAGCUGUCAAUGCUGUUGAAUACCAUUGCACCUACUUUUGUGUGUAAGUCAUAAUGAUGGCUCUUCAUAAGUUUAAAACUUGAAUGCUUGAAUGCUUAAAGGGCUAUAUCAGAAGCCUACUUAGUUUUACAAAGUAUUGCUGAUUUUUGGAUGUUGGUAGACAGAAUGAAUUUUUACCCAUCAUCAUCAUAGAAUAGCAGUCUUCAAAGGUGGAAAGAGUAAAGCACACUCUUGAAAAUUAGAGGUUUUUAGCCUGUUGUUUCUGUGACCAGCUUUUUAAUCAGAGCAAAAUGAAAAUGUCACUCCCCCUGCAUAAGUAUACCAAUUUGACAAUGCUCAUUCACAAAUAAAUCAGCUGGUUACUCAUACAGGGCACUUUCCAUCUAAGAUGAGCUCCAGACAGAACCUCCUGAGAAGGAUUCUUUGAAGCUUGUUUGGUGGGUUCAUGCCUGUAGACCACAUGUCUUCAUAUUUCAGUCUCUGGCUUUGUGCCCAGCAGGUAGGCCCAAUGUUUGUACGGAAAAACAGCCUUGGCCACCACUUCAAAAUGUGACAUGAAGUGUAGUACCCUGGCCUUUUAUUGUUGUCAUUCUGUUGUGAUUUUUGUUUUCAAAAAACAUUGAUUAUUAGCCAUAAUCUACUACACAUUAGGCACAGUGAGCUGGUUAUUUUCACAUUACCUCAUUUUCUCAUCAGACCAAACAUGUGUGACAUUAUAUUAUUAUUGUCCUCCUUUUUAGUCAAUGAAGAACCUAAGAUUCAAAAAGAUUCAAUAGCUUAUACAAGGAUGUGCAGCUAAUAAAUGGUAUGACUAAGA